AUUUAUACAGUGAACCGCAUUUGAACGAAGAGGGUAGCGGUAACGUUUCAGUUGUAAAAGAUGAUGCGUACGAUAUUCCUUGUUGGUUUUGCGUUAAUGUGUCGUUCUGGUCCUGGAAGUUCAGAGACAACAGCACCAAGCCAGACAACAAAGCUGCAGAGAGCUGCAGUGACCAUUGCAGGGACUACGUUCGGACAGGCUAGCAAUGCCAUUUUAACUACCGUUCUAGAUAAUCAUCUUGGAGAUUUUACCACCACAAAUAUAGCCCACAGCACAGUGAAUAAUGCAAAUAUUACAAAUGUUACAAAUGUUAUUGGUACUUUUCUUGGAAAUCUAACCAAUACAAAUGUAUCAAAUGUUUUCGAGAAUUUGUUAAAUGAUAAAAAUAUAACAAACGCACUCGGAAAUGCUGUUGAGAUUUUCAACAAUCUAUUUGGAGGUGGAAAUAUGAGCGGAAUGGCAGAAAUAACUAAAACAAUAGAGGGAUUGUUGGGUAAUACUAGUGGUAUGACAGAUAUUGCUAAAAUGUUUGAAGGAUUAAUAGGAAAUGGGACCGGCAUGCCAGAGAUUGCGAAAGUAAUAGAGGGAUUAUUAGGAAAUGGGAACGGAAUGUCAGGGAUUGCGAAAGUAAUAAAGGGAAUAUUAGGAAAUGGGAACGGAAUGUCAGGGAUCGCGAAAGCGAUUGAGGGAAUAUUAGGAAAUGGGAACGGAAUUCCAGAGAUCGCUAAAGCAAUAGAGGGAAUAUUAGGAAACGGGAACGGACUUCCAGAUAUAGCUAAUACAAUAGAUGGCAUAUUGGGAAAUGAGAGCGGGAUUAAAGGGUUACUUAAAGCACUUGCGGGACUGGUUGGAAAUUCGAAGGGAGGAGAUACUGCUAAAAUUAUUGAGGGGUUAAUAGGAAGCGCGAACAAUAGUGAUAAUGGAAUAUCAUCAUUGUUAGGCUCCUUGCAAUUGUCAAAUUCCGCAAUAGGCGAUUUGACAAAGUUAUUACCUGUUGUUAUAGAAUACAUUUCGUCUAGUUUUAAUUCCCUUGAGCAAAAGAACGUGAGUGAGGCAUGUAUAAACGAUUUGUACAUGUGGAAAGAUGGACUUCAAGCAUACCAAGGCUGGGCAUGGAAACUGCUUGAUGCUGGCUUCAAGAUUCCAAGUAAUUUAGCCGGUUUUAAUCUAAAGGCAAUGGGUGAUAUGACUGAAUGCGUCGGUAUCCAUGCUCAGUCCUUCAACAAGUAUACAAAUAAGAUGCAGGAUUUUGACGGAAAAUAUUGCCGGCUUAUAUUGCCAUUAAAAGUCCCACAGUAUGGCACUCAAAUGGUGAUUCUCGGUUCCUGUGCGUCAAGACAUUGCUCCAACAACGAUGUUAAGAUUAUCUUAGACGCAGCUAUACAGGCAAUUGUACCUACAGUGCCCAUCGAAACCACUGCUUCGUGCAUUGAAGAGAAAACGUUAGACUCCAAGUCUAUUGCGGUUAUAUGCUUUCUUGCAAUCCUUGGAAGCGUCGUAGCAGUUGCGACUAUUUAUGACAUUGUGGCUAUUCAACUUAACCCACGUGACGAUGAUCCGAAUUCAUACAGUCUUCAGAGCGAUGAUAUAAAGAUGACUAACAUUCAUGUUAACGGUGGGUACUCCGUGACUGAAGUUGAAAAUGGUCCUCUACCAUUUAAACAAGAUCUUGGAAAGCAGAACGGUGCGGUACAUGUCCCCGGCUUCAGCACAAGUAAACCCCGAGGAAAUGAACAAAGUCGAUUAGUGAAGGCGCUUUUGGCAUUUUCCGCCUAUACCAAUGCACGGAAAUUGCUUGGCACCAAUCAAGCCGCAGGAAGUUUAAGCGCUAUCAAUGGCAUUCGUUUCUUGAGUAUGGCUUGGGUCAUUUUGGGACACACCUAUUAUUUCGGCUUGAAUUAUACCUCAAACAUGUUUGAGUUUGGAAAAACAAAGAUUAACCAGUAUUUAUUUAUGGGAAUUAUCAAUGCUACACCGUCGGUAGACAGUUUCUUCGCCCUCAGUGGUUGUUUGGUAGCAUAUUUGACACUCCGUGAGAUGAAAAAGGUCGGUGGAGCAAAAAAACUCAACUGGGGAAUGUUCUACUUUCACAGAUUUUGGAGGCUGACACCUCCGUACAUGCUGAUCAUAUUGGUCGGAACGAUAUUGUAUCGAUACAUCGGCAACGGUGCUCUUCAACCCGAUGGCGAUAAUACAUUUAUGGGGAGCUGUCGAGAUAAUUGGUGGACAAAUCUCUUGUAUGUCAACAACUUUGUCAAAACAAAAGAAAUGUGUAUGGGAUGGAGCUGGUACCUAGCCAAUGAUAUGCAGAUGUACAUCCUAAGUCCGCUGAUUUUGGUUCCAAUUUUCUAUAACAAAAUACUUGGAGGGAUAGUGUCGGCAGUUUUCUUAGCCAGUACAAUUAUUGCAUCAGGCGUUAUUUCCCACAUUCACGAAUUUCCCGUGCAAUCAUUUUCACAGUAUGCCCCGACAAAACAAGAUGAACACUAUGGGGAGCUGAUGUACAUCCCGGUGUAUACUAGAAUAGGGCCAUACAUUGUCGGCCUUGUGACCGGAUACAUACUGUAUAAAUGCAACUGCAAGUGCAAAUUACCAAAGUGGAUCAAUCUAUCUUGUUGGUUAAUGUGUGUGCUGAUGACUACAGCAAUAAUCUAUGGUCCUUUUACAUAUGAAGACAACCACAUCAUGAGUACUAACGACUCAGCGGCGUAUUAUGCACUACACCGGACAGGUUGGGGUGUAGCUGUGUGUUGGAUCAUUUUUGCCUGUGCCACAGGAAAUGGAGGUUUUGUCAAUGACGUGCUGUCCUGGAGUCCAUACGUUCCUCUUGGGCGACUAACAUAUUGUGCUUAUCUGCUCCACCCUCUUGUGAUGUCAAAGUACUAUGAAAACAGAAUGCAACCUUUAUACUUUACAGACUAUGAUACGGUAUACCUUUUCCUUGGCAACCUUGUUCUGUCGUACGGUGCUGCAUUUGUGGUUUCGUUGUUCUUUGAGUCACCUAUGAUGGGACUAGAAAAGGCUGUUUUUAAGAAAUAGAAACUUCAUUGAUGAAAACUUGCAGAGCUAAAAUAUGAACUGAGAUUUUCUUGCAAAUUAUGUACAAUGAAUUCGGAAUGACAAACGUGAUGUUUUUGUGAAGUAAAAUAUAUAUCUGUAAACUGUUAUAUUUGCUAUCCUAAUUAAAAUAAAUUAUAUAAAUAAUUA